AUGAGGUUGCAGCGCAUGAGGCGGCUGCUGACGCUGCUUGCCAAGCUGAAGCAGCAGCUUCAGAACUUCAAGUCGGCAGCAGGGGACGACAUGAGGGAUGAUCACAAGCGGCUCCAUCGCACGGGUCGCAGUGGGGUGUCUCCUCGCAAGGGGCGGUCUCCUCGCAAAGGGCAGUCUCCUCACCACAACCGGUCUUCUCGCAAGGGGCGCUCUCCCUGCAAGCGGCGUACUUUGAAGCAUGGAUCUGAGCAUCGGUCACAUCGCUCAGAAGAGUCUCCUUCGGAGGAUAGGUCUCGAUCCAGGAAGCGCACUUCCCCCUCGAGAAGGAGGAGUGGAAAGCACGACGAAGGCAGUGAAAGCUCUGAGUCGGACAAGUCCGAUGGUCUUUUCCGCGGGCGCUUUGCUGUCCGCAAGAGGGAGAAGGAGAAGGCUCAGACGACAAGUAGCAGUCUUUUUGGCAGUACCUUGUCAUCUGGCGAGGACCGCUUCCAUGUCUUCAAGGAAGAGAUUGAGCGGUUCAUGGCGUCAAAAGCUGACCAGCACCUCUUCAAGAAGAUUGUGGCAGCCGAGGGAUUUGAGGAUGCGGAACAGCUCUUGACUGGAAUGGCUGAGGGCUGGGAGCUUGAUGAGACCACAGUUGGCGCCGAGGGAAAGGAGCUUCUGGGUUGUAUGACCUGGGUGGGCCGGCGAUCAGCUAAGAAGAUGUGCGAACGCAUUGCUGGCAACAUGGAAGAGUAUGGAAAGAAGCUGGGCCUUGAGGGCUUUGAGGAGGACACGGAGGUUGUUGCACCGAACAAAAAGGGCAAGCCUAAGGCUACGCACAAGCAGCGUGAGAGUUCUGAGCGUCCUGAACCCGUCCCGCGGGAAUGCCAGAGUCCAACAGAGGAGCUUCCUGGGCUUCCUGAGGCCGAAUGGACAGAGGAGCUAGAACACCUUUUGCUGGACUUUCCUUUGAUCCAGGAAGAGGACGUGAAUAUGGAGAAACGUUUGCAGUGCCUAGCUUUGUUUCGCAAAGCCGUGUCGCGGAGAUGGUCAGAGCUCCUCGCCGUCAAGUCAGGGCUGGGAGAAUCAGAAUACCACAAACUAGUAGAUGAUGCCGUGGAACAUUUGAACGGCUUGAAGGUGAUCCAUGGCAAAGACAUGGUCUUUGCUCCAGUGCCAGCAUGCUUUGCCGCCAAGUCCGAGCAGGUGGACCAGGACGUUGCUGACAAGAAGGGAACCAAACGUCUCUCGUCGAGUGCGAGGUCAACGACGUCGUGCUCCACUAGUAAUGAGAAGUACGAGUUCUACUACCUUUGCCAAGAGGGCACUGUGUGGACAGUAAUUCAGGUGGAGAACGGCGCAGAGGGGUACCAAUCUUAUUUGAGCACAGCGGAAUGGUACAAUCUUCGGACGCCGUUCUCUCAGUGGUACACAAAAAACUGGACUGCUGUUGCGCAAGAGAUUGGAGAAGAGUGGGGGAUUUCGUCUCGGCAUGUUCUGCGUAAACAGUCCUACAAGGGAAGUGUCUCUUCAGGGUGUGCCACUUUGCCGCUGGAUGCCACCACGUGCAUGGGCCUACUUCAAGUUCUUGCUUCUAUACUACUUGCGCCUGCAUUGCAAGCGACAACCAUCAAGCAGUGCUUGUCUAUCCUUGAGUUUGUGGAUGGGUUCGUUCAUUUGAACACCACAUUGCAUCCCCUGGGCAAGCAGGCCGAUUGUGUCUUGGAGAUCGUGUCCAACAAGCUGAAUGUGUCACAGCUGAAGCGCACCUUGCAGAAAGUCAACCUUCCCUGGUCCAGGUUCGAAAAGAAACUUGUGACAGAAGUUGGUUCUGAGAUCUCCGUGGUUGUCUGCCUGCUGGCUCUCUUCCGAUUGAGAUUGGAGCAGGUCUAUGUAUCGAAUGAAGCUCUGAAGCGUGUAGUGAAGCAUCUAGUCCACUCGUGGGCGCAGGCUGCACAGUUGGCAAUCGAAGGUGCCAUGCGCACGACUUGUCCAGACCCUACUGUCGAAGCAAAAAACCAUCCUUAUUUGCCUUCUUCCAGAAGAAGAGGGUCGAAGGCCCUCGAGCUGACUUUGAUAGAGCGAUUCCAGUCCAAGGGCGGUGGCUUUGUCAGCAGCAAAGGUGAGCUUUCGCUUCAGCGCCUGGGUGUGGUCAACAAGGACUCGAAUCUAAGCCAAAGAACGAGUUCAGAAUAUGUGGCCCGGGCUUUGCAGGCCACAUCCGAGUUCAUGAACUCCUACGUUGAGUCCGCCAAGUUGAAAGUCAUCAACUGCUGCAUGGAUGCCGCUAGUGUUGGUGGAGAGCAUGUUCUAUCAGUGAUUCUUCGAAUACGAGGGUAUCAGCUGGCAGCACCGACGCAGCUCAUGCCAGUUGGGCCCGACCCAGAAGAAUGCAGGCAAGCAAUCGCAGCAUUCACUGAGGCUACCAAGUGUCAUGCCCAGGCUGCUGAGGGGGAGAAGACGCGGUUGCCGGCAAAUAGCUUCCAGUGGCGUCAGUAUCGUCAGGCCACCAAAUGCUUGUUGGCAGCGUUCGCAAACUCUCUGAGGCAUUGCCUACCUGCACAGUGGUCGUUCAAGUCAUUGCUUCCGCCCAAUUUGCUGGAGCCUGCAGGUCGUCAAGGUGUGAGGGAGAAGUUGCUUGAUGAGGAGGCGAAGAUGUUUGGGGUAGCUGAUGACCGGAAGCUUUUCUUCCGGUACAGUUUCGAUUCCCACGAAGCCUGCCCCGACUUUUUUAUCCACGAGGACUUCUACGGCCUGAUUUUUUCAGCGGACGAGGGAACCGAAGAUGCCAAGGACCUUUUGAGACGUUGCACCAAGAUGUUCAGGUUUUCCAGGGCUCCUUUUGGCAGUGGCAGAUUUGGAUCUGAAAUGAACGACGCUCGCAAGAAGCUUUUGGAGAGUGUUCGAGAGGGCGAGUGUGAAGAGCUUCUGGAGAUGUACAUGCACGCGGUUGCGAGGGACCGUGGCCGGCCUGUGGACACGUUCAGCAGACAUGAACUGGUUGAGCGUUGGGAUUCUCGUUGGCAUGUGGAGCUGAUGUGUCAUGCCUAUGCUUGGUUCAUGCAGGGCAAAAACCCGUGGGAUCUUGCUGGCGCCGGAAGCGAUGACUCUCCAGAAAGCACCUUUUCCCACAGGCUCAAUGCUUGGAAUGUGCUCCUGGAUGACUCCAACCAGAACAAAGUGAGAAGCAUCAUCGCAGUGUUCAAGCCAUUUCGCCAAUUUCUUGGCCAAGCUGAUAUGGAGAUGCAAAGGAAACCCACGGCUUCGGUUGCGCAGGCUGUCUACUUGGCCACUGGAAGGACUUGCCAAAAGCUUGUUUCGCAAACAAUCAGUUCAUCUGUUUCUGCUGAAUGCUUGCUCCACAUUGGCCUUGAUAGUGCUGAUGACGACGAAAGCCAAGAGCUUUUGCAAUUUCACGGGAACCUGUUGCUGUCCGUGCUUGCCAGCAUUUGUGAUUUGGACCGCUACCAUACUGCUUUCCCGUGGAGGUUGGUUGCAUGCCUUGACAAGACGUCAGUGCCAUCUACGUUGAAGGAUAUGGCCAGAGAGUGGCAGUUUGUCACUGAAUUUGUUGAUCAACUGGCAGAGAACGACUUGAUUCGCAAGACGCUGAUGCACACCCGGUGGCAAGCCUAUAGGGACGCAAUGUCCAAGGCAGAGCACUUUGACUUUGACCCGAAGCGCCUGACAUCGGAUGAGGCCCAGCCCUUCCUCGAUACAGUCCGGUGCGUUAUUGGAAUCACUUCUGAGAAGCCGAAUGCCACAGACUCGGUCUUGAGUUCUUUGAGCUGUGAACUGUACUUCAACGAUCUUCGAGAUGCUUGUCGCAGGCAUGCCAAGAAGGAGCGGCAGAAUCCAAGCAACUACCAUUGCAUCUCCAUGAAGAGCGUUUCGGUGCGGAACAGUGGUUGCAAGAGCUUCCAGAUUGAAGACCAUCAAUGGCAACAUCCAAUUCCCCGAAAGCAGAUCCAGCAGCAAGUGCUUUCAGCCACCAGGGUCUCUGAUCGCACCUUGGGAAAUCCAAGUCAUGGUUUGACCAAAGCCAAGACCACGGGUCUCACGAAACCACACAUCCUCACUCAAAGGCUCGACCUCAUGAAGUGCUUGGAGUGCUGUUGGCAUGAAUGCAGUGGCAAUGUGGAGCAAAAGCGUGCAGCGGCCAUGAACGGAAUGCAAAAGCUGUGGAUGUCCAAGUUGGUCUGCGAGCAGGGUUUGAUUCGUGUGAAGGGCUCUGACCAGAUCAAUUUAGUUCUUCGUGCAGGACCUUGGAACGUUCGCAUUGUGAGCCUAGUUGGUGACAAAAAUACACCUGAUGCUUUCUUGCUCACUCACAACACAGACGUGAUGACAGUGACCUCAUUGGACGAAGUUGAGAUUGCCUUAGCCAAGCCUACGAUUCUUCAGUGUGGGACAUUGGGGUUCCAAAAGGCUGGAGAGUGGAUGAGCCUGGUUGCGUACACUGUGACUGAGGAUGGCAUCUUGGCUUGUGCUGCUCAAACCCUUCAGCGUUUGUGCGCCUGCCUCAAGGUCAAGGGCCAUGGUGGCUUGACGCACAAGCUCAGAGUGGAACUGUUCUUGAGGUGGAAUGAGUGCAGCGAGGACUUCAUCCAGCGCAUCCUGGACAUGAUUCCCGAUGUUGUGCGCAAGCGGAAAUGUGAAGACGAUGCCACUGAGGGGGACAAGGAAGAAGACCGCUUAGAGGGGCAGUCUGAAGACGAGGAAAUGAACGAGAUUGUUGACUUCUUGUUGGGUUCGAAAACACCUGACGAUGCUGAAGGUGAUGGUCAGCAGGUUGAACCAGCGGUCAAUGAAAAGAAAUCCACUGAGAGUGUUGCCGAGCUUGAUGGAGAGACUAGAAAGGACCCAGCUGCCGAUGCUGCUUCCGUUCGUGCUGACGCAGAUGGAACGCAUGCGCCGCAUGUUCCCCGCGGGCGACCGCAGGGGAGCUUUCCGCCAGGAGUCAAGAGCUACUUCGGCAGUCCGCAGGGAGCCUCCCCCUUUGUCCAAGUCUAUUUGCCGACUGGAUUCUUGCAUUUGGGCAAGAAGUCCAAAUGUUUGAGCUUUGCCGAUCCUCAGAGCAAAGAUGGGAACAAGCGCUCAACUUUGAGAUCCCGUGAGGCUGCGUUGCUUGGAGUUCAAGCCUUUGCGUGGGACUGGUAUUCCUCUUUGACAGAGAUCCAAAAGAGUUCGAUCGCAGAAGCAGACGCUGCAGUUCAAGAGCGGCCUUUGAAACGUGCCCGUUUGUAGAUACUGUUUUCAGUUGGGUAGUGGUGCUGUGUGACUAAGAAGUCCAGUGCGCCUGGGGAGCCAAAGGCUAGAUGGAAGUUGUGGCC